AUGCAUUCUCUUUUUGGAUCAUGGUUUCCAAAAUUGCCAGGCCUGCAAGCCAUUGUUGCGCUCAUUGAUACGGUUGCUGAUUCGUGUGAUCCUAAAGCUGCUGAGAUUGUAGGAGGCAAUUAUACUCUACUGGACAAUGGAACCACAUUGCUCUAUGAGUGUCCUCGGGGACAGUAUCCACAUCCGACACAAUUCCGGUUUUGUAAGGAUGGCAACCAGUGGAGCCCCUUGACCGGCAGGGAUGGCAGGAUUGUCCAGCAGGCUGUGUGUCAAGCCGUCCGAUGUGUCAGGCCUCUAGAAUUUGAGAAUGGUGUUUUCGAGACCUUCCAGCAAUUUUACGACAUAAACCAGGAGCUGAGGUUCGCUUGCUAUGAUGGAUACCAGCUACGGGGCUCCCAGAUUCGUACCUGUCUCCCCAAUGGGAAAUGGAGUGGAGAAACAGCCAUAUGUGAUGAUGGAACCGGCCAUUGUCCUGAUCCAGGAAUUCCAAUUGGUGCUCGAAAAUACGGCACAGAGUACCAAGCAGAUAGUACGGUCCGCUACCAGUGUUCGAGAGGGUUGUCUCUUAUCGGAUCUAAGGAAAGAGUUUGCCAAAGAUCAGGAACUUGGAGUGGAUCGGAACCAGAAUGUCGAAGCCCAUUCACCUUUGAUUCUAAAGAAGAAAUCAAGACCAAGUUCCUUCCAUCCCUCACUGAAGUUGCUUUGUCUGCCAGUCAAGGAGCAUCAGCUAACAACAAAAGUGACCAACUUAAUAUCUACUUUGUCCUUGACGCCUCACAAAGCUUUGGCCGAACAAGAUUCACAAAGGCUAAGGAAGCUUUGAACAAGUUAAUCGAGAAGAUCUCCAGCUAUGACCUCCUUCCCAAUUAUGGCAUUGUGACUUUUGCCACUUAUAGCAGAAUAGUUCUGAGUACAAUUAACCCACACAGUAGCGAUGCUGACUGGGUGUCUGAAUUGCUGAGCUCCAUUAGCACCGAUGUGCAUGAACUGAAGCCUGGAACCAACAUCGGGAGUGGCUUUCGAUGUGUCUAUGAAAUGAUGAUUGCACAGGACUCGGAGGAGAAGCGACAGGGGAUGAACCCCACUCCUGUCUCCACCACAGCCCAUCAUAUCAUUAUCCUCCUAACUGACG